AUGAAUGAAACUACAGACAAACUUAACUCUUCUCUCAUUCUUCCUUUCAGUAAGGACUAUGAGUUCUGUUCAAAUGGUGUUUAUUUCUAUUGUGGAAAGAUGGGGUCAGGAAAGACAUUCAACCUCAUUCGUCAUAUACUCAUAACAGAACGUUUAGGAAACGACUCUUACUAUGACCAAAUCAUUAUAUCAGCAACUUCAGACUCUAUGGACUCAACAGCGAAAACAUUUAUGUCAAAAGUUCAAGCCUCUGUCGUUAAAGUUCCAGACAGUGAACUCAUUGAAUUUCUUCAACGUUACAUUCGACGUAAGAGGAAAUAUUAUGCCAUCGUUGAAUUUAUACAGUCAGGAAUGCAAAAGACUUCUGAGGAGAUGGAAAGAAUUAUUGACAAACACCACUUACGUCAAUACUCAGGAGUUUACGAUAUGAAAUGA